AGUUCUGCUAGUAAAGUAGGUACCUACUUACCUAUGUAUUGACUUUUGUGAAUAAUUACCUACGUUGGACGGUCUUACCUACAUAUUAACUUCAUAGCAUUAUUCUUAGGAAUUGGGAAGUACUGUUAAGUUAAUGCAUUAUCGUUUUACUUAGUAAAUUUUUGACAUAGGUAGUUGAUAGUACUACAAUAGUCGAAAUCCGAACCAAAUGAGGUGUAUAGCAACUAUAUAACAUAUAACGCAUAUGUACAUUUACAAGAUAACAGAAUGAGACCUAUUCUAUAUUUGAUGCUACUUAUAGCAAUUCUCCAUUGUUCAUAUGCACCACCAGUUAAUGAGAAGGCAAAAGAAGACAGUGAGAUCAAAGAUGACUUGGAAGAGUAUAUGGAAUACCAUCGCUAUUUGAAGGAGGUGGUGCAAGCCCUGGAGAGUGAUCCUGAAUUUAAUGAACGGUUGGAAAAAGCUGAUGAAGAUGAUAUCAGGACGGGCAGAAUAGCGGAGCAAUUGGACUUUGUGAAUCAUAAUGUCCGGAGUAAAUUGGAUGAAAUCAAACGUCGUGAGUUGGAAAGGCUUCGGCAUCUUGCCACCAAGCAAUUUGAGCUGGAGAAUAAUCUGGAACAUGAAGGUAAAGUGGCCUCCAGUGACCAUUUGGAUCACCAGAACCCACACACUUUCGAAAUUGAAGAUCUGAAAAAGUUGAUCAAGAAAACCACAGCGGACCUUGAAGUAGCCGAUAAGCAGAGAAAGGAACAGUUUAAGGAGUACGAAAUGCAAAAAGAGUUUGAAAAGCACCAGAAGUUAGAAGCGUUGGAUGAAGCGAAGAAGAAGGAGUACAUGGAGAAAAUGAAAGCAGAAGAGGAAGCAAAGAAACACCAUAAACCGCUGCAUCACCCCGCGACGAGAAAUCACUUGUUAGAGUUGUGGAAAAGUGUCGACAAAAUGGACGAAAGCGAUUUCGACCCAAAGGUGUUUUUCAUGAUGCAUGAUGUGGACGGGAACGGUGUUUGGGAUGCCGACGAAGUGAAGGCGUUGUUUAUAAAGGAGCUGGACAAAGUGUACGGGCCGGGUGGGCCCAAUAAGGAUAUGCAUGAGCGCGCCGAGGAGAUGGAGCGCAUGAGGGAACACGUCUUCAAGGAGUACGACAAGAACCGGGAUGGCCUCAUCGACUUCCAGGAGUUCAUGCUCGAAACGCAGCGCGCCAACUUUAACCAGGACGAAGGAUGGAAAUCGAUUGAUGAGAAUCAAAUCUACUCUCAAGCAGAAUACGCUGAGUACGAACGUAGGAGGCUGGAAGAGUUGGCAUAUUUACAACAACGUGGAUUGGUUGACGCUCAUGGCCGCCCGGUACCAGGAGCUGAACGUCAACUUCAUCAGUAUCAACAACAAAAAUUGGCCUAUCAUCAGCAGCAGCAACAAGCGUACCAACAAGCACAAUAUCAAGGUCAACAAUUUGCCCCACCUGGUCAGCAAGGCUAUCAACAACAUCCAAAUCAGAUGCCACAAUAUCCCCAGGGCCAACCUCAACACCAAGGUCAACAACCUCCAGCACAACAGCCUCCUCAGGGUAAUUACCAACAACAACAAUAUCAACAACAGGGACAAUUCCAACCGCAACAACAGGGUCAGCAACCACCAGUACAAGGUCAAGCCUCGCAAGAUCAACACCACUCACAACAGGCCCAAGCACAAGGUCAAAUACCUCAGACACAGUUCCAAUCGCAACAAGGCCAACAGCAACAAGCUCAAGCUCAACCAUCUCAGGGUCAAUUCCAACAACAACAAGGUCAACCACCCCAGGAUCAAUUAAAACAGCAACAAGCUCAACAAACUCAGGGUCAAUUCCAACAGCAACAAGGUCAACCUCAGGGUCAAUUCCAACAGCAACAAGGUCAACCUCAGGGUCAAUUCCAACAACAACAGGGUCAGCCACCCCAGGGUCAAUUACAACAGCAACAAGCUCAACAACCUCAGGGUCAAUUCCAACAGCCCCAAGUGCAGGGUCAACCUCCUGUUAACGCUAACAUAAACCAAGCCAACCAGAAUGCACAAAUAAAACACUAAAUCAGUAUCUGUUUAAUUAAUUAUAUGUGUUGUGUCAAUACUAGUUUUAUCAUUGUUUAAUCCAGUGCCGAACUCAUCUGCAUAUUGUGUACUACACUCAUACUCCUGCUUAAUAUUUACAUCUAUCUUGUAUCGAGAUUAAUAAUAUUAUAGUAUGAAAUAAAUGAUUGGUAUGUUA